CUAUUACUAACAGUGAUCGUGUUAGCUCGUUGGCUGCUGGUUGUUCGGUUUGUGUUGGAAGCUAACAGUGCUAAUGUUUAGUUAGCUGGUUAACGGCAACUGCGGGAUAACUAGCAGCCUGGUACCUAACUCCCUCAGUGAGCCCACGCCAACACCGCAGCUCUCGUUUAGCUGUCGGUUAGAUGCUAACCGAUGUGUCGGAGCUGUUGAACAGUUUAUAGCCUCCAGUCUGAGCUAGCUUUGUGCCAAACUAACGCUAGGCUAACGCCACUGACCAGAGGAUUUAAACUUUAAAGUUUUUUAUGUAGGACACGUGGAUCAGCACCGACACAGACACAGACGUGUUUUACAGGGACAGACCGAGACCAGAUAAAUCCAGAUUUAAAGGAAUAAACCAGCAGACUGUUACUCGGGAUUACAGCUUAAAGCUUUAAUACUCAGUUUUUAUGUUUGUGAAGAUCAGCUGAUUAUCAGUGAGGGAAAUUAAAUCUCAAAAUUUUCAUUAAUGUUCUGAGUCUCAGCAGACGUGUGUUUCAGUUUGUGGAGCAACUAAUAAUUUUCAUUACAGACUAAUUAAUCGCUUAGUCUGUAAUAUGCCCGUUUCAUAUUUUAGAUAAAUCGAUACAUGCUACAUGAAUCCCUGAGGGGAAAUUACAUAGUUACAGUAAAAAAAUUAGUGGUGCGCUCAGCAAGGUGAAAAGUAAAGAGAAGGAGCAAGAAUCAAACAAGUGGUGGAGGGUGGAGCUUCCCAGCGGCCAUGAUGGAGGACACAGAGCUGGAGCUUUCCCCCACCACCUCUGAUCAGAACAGCCCCUCCCCCUCCAUCUCCUCCUCCCCCUCCCUGUCCCUCCCCUCCACCCCUUCCUCAUCCUGUGGCCCCCCCCAAGUGGUCACCCCUCCUCUGGGUGUGAUCAGUGAGGGUGUGGGGGAGCUCAGCCUGGUGAUCGAUGCGGAGGUGGCUCAGCGGGCAUGUCAGGAGGUGCUGCAGAAGGUGAAGCUGCAGCAGGUGGAGGGUGAUGUCAAUGACCUGCAGAACGGGGGUGGGCCAAACACCCCCAGCCACCCCGUCGCUCUGACUGCCGCAGUGAAACGGAUGAAGAUCCACGAGGAGGAAGACGACCCAGAGGGCCCGGCCCCCGGCUCGGUGAAGAGCGCCCGGCGGCGGCAGAGACACAAUCCCUCCAAACAGUCGUGGCUGCUCCGCCUAUUUGAGUCCAAGCUGUUUGACGUUUCCAUGGCAAUCUCCUACCUGCACAACUCAAAGGAGCCCGGCGUCCAGGCCUACAUUGGUAAUAGGCUCUUCAGCUUCCCCCACGAGGAGGUGGACUUCUACCUGCCCCAGCUGCUCAACAUGUACAUCCACAUGGACGAGGACGUCGGGGACGCCAUCAAGCCAUAUGUGGUUCACCGCUGCAGACAGAGUAUCUCCUUCAGUUUGCAGUGUGCCUGGCUGCUGGGAGCUUACUCCUCUGAUAUGCACAUCUCCACCCAGCGUCACUCUCGAGGAACCAAACUGAGGAAACUCAUCCUGUCCGAUGAACUCAAACCUGCAGGGCCCCGAGCUCGCAGGGACCCCCUGACUCUGACGCCUUUCUGUCCCGUAACGUCCCCCGCUGCUGGCCCUGGGCCCCUGGGAGGAGACCAUGGCCUGUCGCCCUCCAAACGAACACAUCAGCGCUCCAAAUCAGAUGCUACAGUCAGCAUCAGCCUGAGCAGCAACCUGAAGAGAACAGCCAGUAAUCCGAAGGUUGAGAGCAGCCAGGAUGAGGACAGCAGCUCCAGCUCGGAGAGUCUGGAGUUUGAGAUUGGUCCCCCGGUGCGUCUGUUUCCUCAGAGGGAGUUCAUCAAGUCUCUGAUGGGGAUCGGGAAGCGUUUGGCCACGCUGCCCACCAAAGAGCAGAAGACCCAGCGGCUGAUCUCAGAGCUGUCGCUGCUCAACCACAAGCUGCCGGCUCGGGUCUGGCUGCCCACCGCCGCCUUCGACCACCACGUUGUCCGUGUGCCGCACACACAAGCCGUGGUGUUAAACUCCAAAGACAAGGCUCCGUACCUGAUCUACGUGGAGGUUCUGGAGUGUGAGAACUUUGAGACGUCGAGCGUUCCGAUCCGGAUCCCGGAGAACCGGAUCAGGAGCACACGUUCCGUGGAGAACCUGCCAGACUGCGGCAUGACAGCGGAGCAGAGAGCAGGCAGCUUCUCCAUGGUCCCAAACUACGACAAUGACGACGAGGCUUGGUCUGUGGACGACAUCGGAGAACUGCAGGUGGAGCUCCCAGAGGUUCACACCAACAGCUGUGAUAACAUCAGUCAGUUCUCAGUGGACAGUAUCACCAGUCUGGAGAGUAAAGAACCCGUGUUCAUCGCUGCUGGAGACAUCAGGCGUCGUCUGUCGGAGCAGCUGGCUCAGGCCCCUACCACCUUUAAACGGGACCCCGAAGACCCGUCAGCCGUGGCCCUGAAGGAGCCCUGGGAGGAGAAGGUCCGGAGGAUCAGAGAGGGAUCUCCCUACGGUCACCUUCCUAACUGGAGGCUGCUGUCUGUUAUUGUUAAAUGUGGAGAUGACCUGAGACAGGAGCUGCUCGCCUUCCAGGUGCUACAACAGCUCAAGUCUAUCUGGGAACAGCAGCGUGUCCCCCUCUGGAUAAAGCCCUAUAAGAUCCUGGUGUUGUCGUCAGACAGCGGGAUGAUCGAGCCCGUGGUGAACGCCGUGUCGCUCCACCAGGUGAAGAAGCAGAGCCAGCUGUCUCUGCUCGACUACUUCCUGCAGGAACACGGCGCUCCGACCACCGAAGCCUUCCUGUCCGCUCAGAAGAACUUCGUCCAGAGCUGCGCCGGAUACAGCCUCAUCUGUUACCUGCUACAGGUCAAAGACAGGCACAACGGGAACAUCCUGUUGGACGCUGACGGGCACAUCAUCCACAUCGACUUUGGCUUCAUCCUCUCCAGCUCGCCCAAAAACCUCGGCUUCGAAACGUCCGCCUUCAAACUCACCACAGAGUUUGUAGAUGUGAUGGGGGGUCCAGACGGGGACAUGUUUAACUACUAUAAGAUGUUGAUGCUUCAGGGUCUGAUCGCGGCCAGGAAACACAUGGACCGAGUGCUGCAGAUAGUGGAGAUCAUGCAGCAAGGUUCCCAGCUGCCCUGUUUCCACGGCUCCAGCACCAUGCGAGGUCUGAAGGAGCGUUUCCACAUGAGUCUGACAGAGGAGCAGCUGCAGCUGCUGAUCGAUCAGCUGGUGGAAGGAUCAAUGAGAUCACUCACCACCAAACUGUACGACGGCUUCCAGUACCUCACCAAUGGCAUCAUGUGACCAGCCCCGUGUGUGUGUGUGUGUGUGUGUGUGUGUGUGAGUGUGUGAGUGAGUGUGUGAGUGAGUGAGUGAGUGAGAGAGAGAGAGAGCAGCAGAACAAAUGCAGACUGUCUACAGGCUGAACCUCCAGGUUUUAUGACUCGACUGCAGAGACCAUGAGCCUCCCUCUGUUUGUCGUCUUUUAUUCUUAUUCCAGUUUCUUCUUCUCUUCUCUUUGUCGGUUGAAUCUUUUUGUUGCGUUUCAUCUUUUUUCUUUGAAGAAUUUUCUGUUCUGUUUGUCCGUCUCCUCUUCUUCUUUUUCCAUAUUUGGGCAGAAGUCCCUCAUUGGCUGCCGAGUCGGACUCUUAGCCAAUCAGGGAGCAGCCCAUUUUUAGAUUUAAAUGUGAACACUCGGCAGGUGGACGGUUUUUACAGGAACUGAACUCAGUCAUCGGACGUGUUGCUGCCGCAGUGCUGCUGAGCAGAGCGGCAGCUUCACUCUGCAGCAGGAGGUGAACUGAAGGAAACGUUCAGUCUGAACAAACUGAAUCUGACGGAGAAGUGAAACCAUGCAGACUCUAUAAAGGACCAUACCGCUGUUUUUCAUGUUUUAGCCCUUACACUGCAGAUUCUGUAAACCAGUUGACCCAUUAAAACAAACCAGUGUCUACCUGCAGCUCCA